CAUGAUGUACUCUACAAUAAAAAAGGAACUUGAGUUUUUGCUUUUUUUGUAUUAUUAUCAUUUAUUUUUAUUGGUUUAUUAUUAUUAUUUUUUGUUUGUUUGAAAUAUUACACUUCAUGCAUGCAGAACUAAGUCAAAAGGCUUCGAUUGUAUGAUAUUGAUAUUAGGAUAUAUGUGGUAUUUUGAUGAAAAAGGAGAGAGAGAGAGAGAGAGAGAGAGAGAGAGAGAGAGAGAGAGAGAGAUUAAUUAUAUACGUAUUUUAAAAGAUCGAGUACCCAUGUAGCAGGUAGGAGUUUAUGAUGGCCAAGGUAGGAAUUUUGGGGAUUUAAAAACUGCCUCGGUCGUCACGCGAGACAACAAUAUUAAAACAGGAAGUGAAUUUACUAUUUCUGUGUCAGGAAUGCGUUUUUCUUCAUUAAAUGAUCCUAGAUUGUCAUGGAGGUAACAUCCUACCUGAAAUUUCUUUUGGUGAUUUGGGGAUUUGCUUCGACAGAUGCAUGUGUCCCGAGAAUUUCAGGUAGUUCAUCUCUUACCAUCAAGGUUGGUUUCAAUCACACCUUCACAUGUAGUUACUCGUCAUGCGAUACCAACCAAACAUUGUACUGGCGGAUCAAUGGCAACAAACAGACUGAUGGUGUUACAGAGUCCUACAGUACGACUAGCACUACUAAUAACAAUAUCACGACAAUCACUUACAACGGCAGUAGCGACUUCACGUACUCCCCAUCAAGACCAGCCUCUAACAGCCAGAACAACGUCGUGGUGUACUGUUUCGCUGGAACACGCAAUUAUAAUGUUGAAGUGACCAUACACUAUGGACCAGACGAACCUAGGUUAAGCAAAACAGGAUCCAUGGAUAUCGUCGAAUACAGCGCCGUACCUCGGAUAUCUUGCAGCUCCAGUUGUAAUCCUGCAUGCACAUAUCAGUUUUGGAAAGACGGAAAACAAGUUUUAUCAACAAGCACAGGAAUCUUUAUUAAAGACUCGGUUCUUAAGAGUGACACCGGAACAUAUACUUGCCGAGCUUCCAAUCUAGUUAGCCAUAAGAAUUCCGUACAGACUUUCUCUCUUAAUGUCCUACACCCUCCCAUCUUCUCUCUGACACGUUCGCCGUCCAGUGAUCAGCUGGAGGAGGGCACAUCAGUCACAUUCUUGUUCAGACCAACAACGCACGGUAACCCAAGGUCGUAUGACUUCCUAGAGUGUACCCACACCGCAGACGGCAGAUAUCUCAGGCUUAUGCCCUACACGAACAACACACAGCAUCAGAUCCAAUUUGUGAUUAAAAAUGUAUCUUUUACGGACAGAGGGUCAUACACAUGCGGAGUGACCAACGGAAUACAGGCCAGAAGCGGAAACUCAGUUAUAAAGGGUUCUCGCAACUUAGAUUUAAAAACUCCGCCCCUUAUUUUGAUGGAUACAAAGAACAAAACACGUUCUGAUGACGGAAACUGGACAUUGAGUAUAGAUUUCAUCAGUCUUAAUAAUCAACCAGAGGCAUAUUGGAUCUAUCUUGCUGACGACAAAGCGCCAGGGAGCAUUGAGAGUAUAGGUCCUAGACAAAUCUCUUACGAAAUUGAAAAAGAAAACAUCAUCUAUAAUAUUCCCAGUUAUAUAACGAAGAUAAAAGCGAAAGACGCGGGAAAAUAUGUGGCAUUUAUAAAGAAUGACAUGGGUAGAGAGGUAGUGGAGUAUACCAUCAGCUCCCCGGGAACCUCGGAGGUCUCUGAGGACAGGCCCGCGGCACUAAUCGCUGCAGGGUCUGUUUUCCUGGUUGUUGGUAUCAUCUGUAUUGGUGUUGCUCUGUUUUUGCUGUACAAAACUCGACAGCAAAAGACUAAACUGAAAGAAACCUCUAGACAACGACAUCCAUCAUUGUAUGUUCCUCCCUCUGUGGACGAUGUGGACUCAGUUACGAGGACGAAUGAAUAUCAACAGUCUAUUGGGGUAGCAAAUCCGGCGGAAGUAGAAUUAUCUGUUGCAAACCAGGAAGGUCCAUAUAUUACACCACAAAACACUGACGCAACACCGAAGAUCAUAAAGCCUCCUGUAGGAGAGUACAAACGUCAACAGAACGAAGUAAAAAAUGUUCUCUACGUAAACAAUGAAAUUAAAAAUGAAUCUGUGAAAGAAAAAUACGUAACAGUUCUUGCUCCAGGGAGCGAACAAGCGCCAUUUUAUGAAACACCACAAACAUUAAUGGCAGCCAAAGCGAAAGGAAGAUCAAAACCAAAGAAAGACCAAAACCCAUACGCUAAUCAAAAGGCGAAAAAUCGGAAAGGUGACGCCAAACACUAUGCAAAUGUAGAUUAUAAAGCAGGCAAAGCCUAUGAAAACCACAUGCCAGGAUCGUAGCACAAAGGUCGAUAUAUUUUAUAUUAAGAUGCUUUAAAAACUAUGGUGCAUUGGCUUUGUUGAAAAAUGCCUCACAGUUUAUUACUGUAAACAAAAAUAGACAGUGAAGAAUACCAAGAACAAGAAGCCACACUAUCACAAUAUGUUGUUUAUUUGGAAGAACCUACAGCUUUGCGAAAGGAUGGUCCAUGUAUUCAUCAUAACUGUGGUAUAUGAUUGCUUUACAAAUAUCCGCUCCAAUUUACAGAAAUGAUAUUUGGGUAGAGGGUUUUAUUUUAGUAAAAUGUAGACUAUCAUUUGGAAUGGUAAAUUGUGGAGUAAAGAAAAGGGAAUGCCUUAUCGAGAGAUAUUGUACAGAAUGGAGUAUUUUGAGGGGUCGAUAUGUGAUGGUAUGGUCAAUCUUUUUUGUUUUCAUGUAAUAUGUUUAUUUUCCAAUGAAAAUGGGAUACAUUGUUCACGGUGCACCACGAAUACAGGGGGCGCACAAAACAAUGGUGUCCUCAAGUGAUUGCGUCAUUACAAGGAAUAGAUAGAGAAUUUAUUAUUUCUGAUUGUAAUUAAGAGCCAGUUAAGGAUUUUGUGUAAAAAUUAAGUGUUGUUACUAACAAACGAUAUGACUGUACAACAUAUUUAGUCAUUUAUUAUAUUUAUGUAUCCCGUAUGUGAUGUAUCGCUGUCCAUGGUAUCUCAGUUUAGAUCAGACUAAUAAGGAUGAGCAAUUCUUAAAAUUACUUUUUAUCAAUAUUAUCGACGACCAAAAAACUACAAUGAAUAUGUCAGAAAUUCCAUGAGCAACCAACGCAUGCAAUCAUUAACUUGCAAUCCUUUCACACUGUGGACUAGAAUAUGUAAAUCAGGUAUCAAUGAACGGAGCAUGUUAAUAAUAUAUUGAAUCCGUAUCUCUAAUGUAAUUUUUCUGUUUACUAAUGUACGCAAGUGAUUCAAUCUUUACAAAUUAAUGUUUGUGUAAAUCAACUUAACCGAAAUACACACACAAAAUCAUCAAACAUGUAUCAAGAGAGAGAGAGAGAGAGAGAGAGAGAGAGAGAGAGAGAGAGAGAGACUGAGGAAGCUGUGCUAUUUUUUCCGACAAUGUACUUUUUCUGUUAUCAUGCUAAGUUGCUUAUUUUAACAAAUUUUGAUCUAUAGGUUGCCUCCUUGUUUAUAUAGUAAUAUUGAAUUAAAGUGGAACUAUGAAAUCUAAAGAACCAAAUAACUGAAUUUCAGGACUAACCUCCUGCCCCCCCCCCCCCCCCCCCAUCAUUUAGGAUUUGUAGCUUUGGGGUUUAGUUAUAUUUAUUUGUUUGUUUUUUACUUUUCAAGAAUUGUCAGAUAAUUGUGAAGUCAACUUCACCCUGCCUCCCUCUUUUUUGAAAACAAUGUUACAUGACCGAUUAUAUUUAUAUUAUUAUAUGGUUUCGUGUUUAAUUCUGUCCAAGUAAUGGUACUAUUAAUACCAAAACUUCCAUGAGUAAUCUGGAAAAAAAUGUAACAAACACAUGGACAGAAUUAAACACGAAGUAGAUCUACUGGAUAUAGGUCUAUACCCCUUCCCAUCCCUUCAAUUUAAUGAAAAGUAGAUUAUAAGUGUUCUUUGUAAAAUCGAAUAAACUAAACUUUGUUAUUAUAAGAGAUAUGAUACAACCUGAUAAAACCCAGCUCAUUAUAAAGAUUUUGAUACCGUAAGCUUUACAAUACCCUAUUUGUUACUAAUAUUCUAUCUGAAUCUUAGGACCCUAGCCGUAAGCCCGCCCCCUACUUCCGGUGUAAGAGCAGUAACUGCAAAAAUGAAGGCAAUUGUUCUCGUGAUAUAAACGUACCUUAACCUGUCUGAAGCAUGGCAUUUGCGACUCUUUAUAGUGAUAUUUAUCUUAAUUCAUUAGGAGGGUUUUAUUAUGUCUGUAGUUUUCUCUCAAAUGACAAAAAAUGACUUAACUGUCGCUUUUUUUUUAAUGUGAUUAAUAAUGAGAAUUUCAGAAUAUAAAUAUUAUAAAGAAAUAUAUACACUUUUAAUGCGUUUAUGAGAUCCAUAAGAUAAGAAUGCCGUGGUAUUUAAUGUAAGAUCGGCAUACAUUCCAUUAUUUAAGGAGGAGUAACACACUAGAGAUAUUUGAUGAGGAUGAAAAGUGGAAGAUGUCUAUGUGUAAUGAUAUUUUGAAACUUUCAAAAAGGACCUCCCCACUUUAGCUGGAGCUUGUGGUCCCUCUUUACCAUCCCUCUUUCAAAGAAACAUGGAGUUAUUUAUUAUACUUUUUAGUAAAUGUUAAACACUGAUGUAUCUCUACUUAGUGUAUAGUCCUUUAUCCCUGGGGUAUUGCUAGAUAAGGGUAGAAAAAUAAGUUUUAAAUGGUCAACCUUAGUCUGAAAAAUACAGAAUUACUAUCCGAGGCCAAUACAGGUAUAUGAGGUAGAAAGAAAACAUAAUUUUUGCAGAUUUUUAUUGUAUCUAUUUUUAUGAAUUUCAUCACCAUUGUCCAGUCUUGCCUUUUUGAUGUAAUGUUCUAUAUUACAAAAACGACUUAGAAAAGAGAAAUCUGGAGAACAUUGUGCUCGAUAUGAAGAAAGGCUUAAUAACCGGUCAUUCAAUGAAUAUCAAUAGAGAUUUAACAAAAACAGACAAACCCGAUUUCAAAAGACAGCAUAGGUCUUAAUGUUAGGGAACUUUUCAGUAACAUAAAAUUCCAAACCUCUAAGUUAUGGUAUCAAUAAAAAUCUAGGGGUAUUGUAAAUUGCAUGAUUCAAACUUCGAUGUUUUACUGAAUCAUCGGGGGCCGUAUGUUUCAGCUAGAGUCGGGAGGUCCUUUACUUUAUUUAGUCAAAAUAUGCAGUUUUAGUAGAAAGUAAUCUGACAAAAAUUUCAAACCCCUACUAAACUCGAACCCACGAUCUACAGAUCAGCAGUCGUCACGUUAACCGACAAGCUUCCGAGCUAGGCGAUUAGAUUAAAAAGAAAUAUACAAAUACAAUGUACUGCAGAUAUUUAUUUUCAUUUAUGUUUUAAAGGGAAAUCAGCCAUUAUGAUGUCCUUGGAUUCAAAUUGCGUUGUAUUACUACAAAUUUUAUAGAUGAAACAGGCAUAAUGAUUCAGCUCAAUUAUGUUUUAAUUAUAUUUGUUGCUUAGUGGCUUGUUUUGUAGGAGUUAUGAGAUCGAUCACUGGUCAUACAGUUUUAUGAAUACUUCAUUGUAUGAUUAAAUAGUUUUAUCUGUUUCUAAUCAAUAGUAGUGAUGCGCUUUUAUUUGCAUUAUUUAUGUAUGUUCACACUAUAAGAAAAAUUCUAUCAAUUGUUUGUUUAAAUAAAAAAAUGUUAUAUACUUGA